AUGGGUUUUUGUAAUCGUUGUGGUGAAAUAACGACCGGAAAAUGCAAGAAAUGUGGUGGAAGAUCAGUAGAAUCUACAAUUAGUAGUUUGAUUUCAGAAAGAAAUACCGUCUCAGUUGUUGAUAGAUGGCAAUCACAGUACGCAGGCACGAUAUUGUCACCUGAUGAAAUCAUUGUUAAAAAAUCACCUACAGCAAAAAGAAUACCUGUUACUCAAUCUACAUUUUAUAAUUCAUUGAAUAUCAAGAAGAAUGUAUGUAGUUGUUGCAGUAAAUCAUUAGAUUACAAAACAACGAUUAUGGAAAAUAAUAUACAUUAUUGUAAAGAAUGUCAUAUCAAAUUAUUUACUAAAGGAGAAUGUCCUACAUGCCAUAAAGCUGUCUCAGAAUUGGAUAAAUUUAUUGAAUAUGCCAAUAAAAUAUGGCAUACUCCUUGCUUUAUAUGCUUUAAUUGCCAGAUACCACUUGAUAAAGAUCCAUUAGUAGACCUUAGAAAUCGACCUUGCUGUGAGACUUGCUUUAUGGCUCAAGCUGGAAAACGCCAUCAAGAUGAAAAGGAUCAAAAAAUUGAAGAUAUACAACAGUCAUCUUCUCUAAAACAACAAUUUGACUCUUACUCAUCACAGUCAAGUCUUUCGACCCUAAGUUCUUCUUCAUCUACGCUUGAUUUUUACAAUAACAAUAAUCAAAGAAAAUUCUCAAGACCACGUAUCUUGGAUCAAAGCUUAUUUGCUCUACCUUCUCUUACUCGCUCAUCUUCAUUUCCUAUAGAGGAACAAGAGGAGAAGAAAAGAUCAAAACCUAUCCAUCAUCAGUCUCAAAAACUUGAAUCUAUCUUUAUACCGCCUAAUCCCUCAUCAUCAUUACCUUUACACACGACUAUCGAUCAACAAAAUCAUAAUACCCCCAUUUCUCAAAAAUCAUCCUCUUUCCUCUUUCAAACUUCUUGUCAUCAUUGCCAUCGUCCUUUAGGUGACGCGACAGAAAAGAAAGUCAAAGUCCCACUUGGUGAUGGCCGUCAACAGCAGCAGCAGCACUAUGUAUGGUUUCACAAAUCCUGUUUCCUUUGCAGCAAAUGCCGCAAACCCUUUCAAAAGGAGGAUGGUCAACAAUGCAAAACAGAUGGUACUUCCUUUUAUCAUUCACGCUGUAAUUUUAUUAAUUGUGAAGGAUGUCAGAGAGCUAUUCAAGAAGACUCUUUUAAAUUCAAUGAUAAACACUAUCAUUUCGAUUGUUUCAAGUGUUAUGCGAAUGGAUGUAAAAUACGAUUAGGUGAGCCAGUCUUUGAGAUAGGAGGGCAUCCUUUUUGUGGUUCUUGCCAUCUUUUAGCAACAAAACCCAAAUCCAUAUCUAGUUUGCCUAAAUUAGGUGGUUCAAAGAGAUGUCCAAGAUGUAAAGGAAAUAUUUCGAUUAUGGAUGAUACGCCUGGCCCCUUGGCAACUCGUUGGCAUAAAAAAUGUUUAUCUUGUGCCAAAUGUUCAAAACAGUUGGACUCAGCUGCCAAAAUGAGACAAGGAAAUCAAGAACAACAACAAGAAAGCCAUUCAGAUGAAGACCAACUUAGUCUUCGUUCUUUAGUGUCUACUAAAGAAGCAGGCGUUAUUAUUGGAAAGGGGGGUAAAAAUGUUGCCGAGCUAAGAGAGUCUACUGGGGUUAGAGCAGGUGUAUCUAAAGUUGUUCAAGGUAUUCAUGAUCGUGUAUUAACUGUAAGUGGUACAUUAGAAGGAGUUGCUAAAGCUUAUUCAUUGAUUGCUCAUACUAUAUUGGAUAAUCCUACUUCAAUUUCUAUUACUAAUACUAUGAAUGAUAAUCAUAAUCAAACUACUCUACGUUUAUUAAUAUCACAUAAUUUAAUGGGUACUGUCAUUGGUAGACAAGGGGCAAAGAUUAAACAUAUACAAGACAUAACAGGUGUACGUAUGAUAGCUUCUAAAACUUUAUUACCUCAAAGUACAGAGCGUGUUGUUGAGAUUCGUGGCACGACAGAAGCUAUUGAAAAAGCCAUUUUGGAAAUAGGUUCUUGUUUAAUUGAAGAUAAAGAAAGGUCUUAUGGCACCAUUUUAUAUAAUCCUAUAAAGGUCAUAAAUGAACCUUGGAUAAAUAAUAGGCGUAACAAUAACAAUAGAAAUAAUAAUAUUACAAAUGGAUUUAUUCGUACUGGAAAUGGAACUGACUUCAAUCAUAAACGUCAUAAUAAUAGCACUUAUUAUCCAAUGAACAAUCAUCAUUAUCAUCAUCAACAACAGCAACAACAACAAACUACACGUCGUUCACCUUAUACAGUCACUACAAAUAAUAAUAAUAAUAAUAAUAAUACUCGUAUUCAACAUAUCUCAAUUCCUAGUGAUAUGGUUGGUUGUAUUAUUGGUAAAGGUGGUUCAAAAAUAUCAGAGAUUCGUCAAUUAUCUGGUUCACGUAUAUCCAUUGCUAAAGUGCCUCAUGAUAAUACAGGAGAAAGAAUGUUUACUAUCCAAGGUACCUUGGAAUCAAAUGAAAAAGCACUCUAUUUACUUUAUGGUCAACUUGAGAAUGAAAAAGAACGUCGACUUCGAACUGUUAUGUUACAUGAAGAAGAACAACAAGAUGUUACGAAUCAAUAA